CUGAUGCUCCUUGAAAGGCCUAGCAACUUUAUUUAGGAGGAAUCGUAGCUCCCUUUUUUAUGAUAAUCCCAUCCAAGAUAUUAUAGGAUAGUCUCAGAUUUUCUGAAACGAUUCUUUGAAGAAAUCAACGAUUUAUCCAAUCGGGCACUUACAAUUCCAGAUUUGUACAACUUCCCAUGCGACAACCAAAGCAAAGAAUUGCUUCUAGAUGAGAGCAUCCACAACAUAAGAAAUACUAAACCCAUAAAGCUGGUCUUGUGGCCGAGGAUUUCAUGAAAGCAACGUAAGUGUCUGUCUGUUGUAAUGAUAACUGAUUUAGCACACAAGUCCCUCUCUCAGAAUAGUAUAAAUUACAAAUCUUAGGCGCAUUGUCCAUUCCCUUGGCCAUAAAAAAACAAUCCCUCUAGUUUCUUAGGCUCAAUAUUACCAGCUAUAAUAAUCCUUGAAUAUGACAGCAAAGACAUCCUGGAACCUAACCAGUUUGGUCAUUCUCUUUACAUUCUUGACUUGCUCUUUCUCAAACACAUUCACCAUCAUCAACAACUGUCCACAAACUAUAUGGCCUGGUACCCUUGCAGGUUCAGGGAGUCCUCCACUUGCACCAACCGGAUUCCGGUUGGACACGGGUCAAAGCAUCAAACUUACGACUGUCCCAGGUUGGUCAGGACGGAUAUGGGCAAGGACUGGUUGUAAAUUUGAUGCAACAGGUGUUGGAAGAUGCCAAACAGGUGACUGUGGAGGAAGGCUGGAAUGUGAGGGAAAUGGUGCUGCUCCUCCUACCUCACUGUUUGAGAUAACAUUUGGUGCAGGCAAUGGACAAGACUACUAUGAUGUUAGCAUGGUAGAUGGUUACAAUUUGCCAUUACCCGCUCUGCCACGAGGUGCACAUGGUGGUGCCUGCAAUGCCACAGGUUGUAUUACUGAUAUCAACAGAGGUUGCCCGGCAGAACUUCAAGUAUUAGGAGGUGUCCCAAAUCAAGGGGUAGUGGGGUGUAGGAGUGCUUGUGAGGCAUUCAAGUUGGAUAAGUAUUGCUGCAGUGGAGAAUUUGCAAAUCCAAAUACAUGCCAGCCUUCAUAUUAUUCAACCUUAUUCAAGAAAGCUUGUCCAAGAGCUUAUAGCUAUGCGUUUGACGAUGGCACCAGCACUUUCACUUGCAAAGCAUAUGAAUACGAUAUUGUUUUCUGUCCCAACAGCAACGGGUACACACCAAAUCCUGCAUCUCCUCCUCCACCAAUUAGACAGCCCUAUUGGAAGCAUCACCAGGUCACUUCCUCGUCAAAUAUUUUAUUACCCUUUCCAGCGCCAAUCUUUCUCUUGGUUCUCACUCUUACUUUCUUGGCAUUUGUAAGACACGGCCAAUGAUAUAAAACAUCUACAAGAUAUCCUCAAGGGAUUUCCAGAAGGGAAAAUAUGGCCAAAUCAAUGAGACGGAAAUGAUGAACCACGGAAAUAUUAGAGUUGAAGAACCCUCUGUGAACAAAUGAUUCAGAAAGUACAGUUCUAAAGCUCCA